UUCAGUGCAGAACCGCAAGCGCAGCGAGCUAGAACGCCACAAAGUCGGCGACGGAGAAAUCGCGAGAUCGGGAAUAUAUAUUCUACCAAGUGCGAGUGCCGGUGGAAAUAAGUUAAACAGUUUUCCCCCAUUUUUCGUGCCAUUGGGUUCAAGUGUUUAAAAGUCUGAAGUGCUAGUAUUCCCCAGAAAAAGAGAGUGCAGCUUUAAGUAAUCUUGGUGCCUCACUGGCGGCGACAUAAAGCCAAAGUCAUUUUAUCAGCUCGGAAACCAGAGCAGCCAUGGAUUCUCGUAAGCAUUUUGGUUUAUUGACACUCGUCCUGGCCGCCGUCCUCGCGUUUUACGGGCGCCCAGUGGACGCCUGCAUGUGCAUGCCCGAACACCCACAGACGCACUUCGCCCGCGCGGACUACGUUGUGCAGCUGCGAGUCUUCCGCAAAUCAGAGACCAUUGAGCCGAACAGGACCACCUACAAAGUCAGCAUCAAGCGAACCUACAAGGCAACUCCCGAGGCGCGUCGAAUGCUUCGCGAUGGUCGCCUGUCGACGCCCCGAAAUGAUGCGAUGUGUGGAGGGGUACGACUGGAGUUGGGAAAGGUCUAUAUCAUAGCGGGAAGGCUGCCGACACUGAACAUUUGCGCCUACUACAAGGAGUACACCAAGAUGUCGAUUACAGAGCGACAUGGCUUCGGCGGUGGCUAUGCCAAGGGCGCCAAUUGCACAGUACAUCCCUGCUUCGGACAACAGUGCUUCAGGUUCCCAACUUACGCCGACGGUUGCAAGUGGUCGACACAGGCAAAAUGCGAGACGGACUACAGUGCCUGCAUGCCGCACAGAAGGCAGACGCCCAAUGGAGUGAUUUCCCGCUGCGGCUGGCGACGCACGCAACUCUACAGGAAGUGCCUGAGCAAUCCGUAGAUACCCGCAAUCCCACAGAUCUAUAGAUAGUCCCCCAUGUCCCCCAUGUCCUUGUUAUAUGCCACCAUUUCUCUCUGUCUCUCCCUGUCCAGAGCUUUAAUACGUACGUUAUGCCUAAUGUGUUAUUUAUUAAUUGAUGCCUUUGAACUUGUAACCGAGCAACUUAAUUAGUGUCUAGCUUUUAAUGUGUUUAUACCAUGUGCACACUUACCAAAUCGCGUGGAUUGGGGAAGAAGGUCUGCUCGAUUAGAGGAAAGCCGUCGCGUCCGAGGCGUCGCUGCAGUUGCAACAGAUGGGAAAAUACCCACGGUUUGUCCUGCAGAACUCAAAUCAAAUGAUAGCUCGAAGUGGGGUUUAUCACUAUAGUGCACUCACCUGAAACUGGUAGAUCGAGUGCAACGAAUUGAUGCUGGGCACUCCGCCGUACUUCAAGCCCAAGAUCGUGGAGCGGAAGUCACUGGAUCCAUCGCGCGGCGGCUGGCGAAUCAGCACAAAGUCCGGUCGGAAGGAACGCGCGACCUGUUUUGGUGUGAUAUUCCAAAAAAAUAUAUAAAAAAUAAAUUAUAAUGAGAAAAUGUAAUUAGCUUUUAGAAGGCCAAACGCAGAAAAUAAUGUUUGUAAUUUGUAAAAAACGAAAUAUAUAUAUUUUUAAAAACUUAA